CUCUUGCCUGUCCGCCGUCGCCAGAUAUUCGCCUGACUAUGAGGAGCCACUCCCGUGGGAAGGGGUGUGUGGAAUGAGAGUACUACAGUUAUUAUGAAGGAUGUGGUGUUUACACAGCAAAGAGAUGAAGAACUUCCCUCUUUCAGGACCAGCAUAACAAAACAAAAUGGUGACCCUGAGAAGAAGAGUAUUUCCAGCCAGUGGGCAGUAGUUGCGUAACAUGGCUGCCUGCUUUGAGAACUUUUCUGUAGCUACUAGUAUCAAAGGAACAGAUGCUGCACAGAUCGGGAAAGCGUCAAGAGGUUACAAGGUCUCCUCCAUUCCUUAUAAAUACCAGACAAGAAUGAUCCCAAACUCAGAAAAAAGGGGAUUUAAUUCUCAAGCAAAGAGGUUUCAGUAUAACCAGAAUGAAAUUCCAGGCCCGGGAUUCUAUAACGUCGUUCACCAGUCUGCAGAGAUUAACAGCACCUCACUGUCGAAGAAGGGAACGGGCUACUUUCCUUCCAUGGAUGCUCGUCUCCCACACAACAGAAAACCCAGCUACCCUGCCGCAAAUGCCUACAACCUCUCGUUGGCAUUUCAGUCCAAGCAAGAUUUCAGCACUGGAAACUCCAGCAUGUUUCAGCAACCAAUCGCUAAGAGGAGAGCGCAAACCUCCACCCCAGCGCCCAACCAAUACAACGCCUGUCUAGAUUUCUGCAAGCAAAGCAACAACGUAUGUGCCCGGGCGGUGUUUUUGUCCAAAUCGGCAAGAGGAUUAAGCACUGAUAAAACAGAAAAAUGGCCUUCUCCAUGCCAUUACAGAAUCAAUGACUCCCUCAUCAAGAAGUCCCCCAGGAUUCUAGUGUCUUGCUUCAGAUCAAAUACUCAUCGUGAAACAAAGGUGAACACAAUAAGCCCAGGGCCUGCAGCGUAUCAGCUCAGCAACCCCCCUAAAGCAGCAAAGAAGACCCCUUCCAUGCGAAAGCAAAACUUGAAUUUCUCCGCCCCCGCCAUACCACCAGCUAAAAAUCCACCUUUGCCUGGGCCAGGGCAGUAUGAAGUAGUGGACUACGAAGGCCCACCGAAGCAUUACAUCUCUAGUGCUGUAUUUGUGUCAAACACGGGGCGGUGGAGAGGGGCCACAGCUCAGCAAGGGAUACCUGGACCAGGUACUUAUCUGCCAGAGGUACCAAGGAAACAGUCCUUUAUCUACAAUGUUGAUAACAAGUGGAUUCCAGUACUGUAGGCAUCAGAGCCCCCAUAUUUUGGAGAAAUUCUGCAAAGACUGGACCUCAUUCAAAACCAGCCGCGCAGCCGCUAACGCAUGGGCAAGCUAUGGUGUCCCCAGCCCUCGUGCUUUAACUGUCCUUAUAUCUGGCAUCUGCGACUGGUAUUGUGCACAUAUUGCAAACUGAAAGGUGAUCAUUAGGCUGAAAUUGACCUAAGAUCUUCCAAUUAAGUUGAACAAUUCAUGCAAA